GAGACCCAGGAGGAGGUGACCGUCCUGGGCGAAGUCCUGGUCCGCCGCCCAGCCGUCUUGGUCUCCAGCGCCCUCGUCCUCCUGGGCGUCCUGGACUGCCUCGUCAGCCUCGCCUGCGCCGCCGUCAGUGCCCGGGAAGCCUGCGGACUCUACUCGAAGGGCGAGGACACGACGCAGGGACUCUCCGAAGGACACAACCGCAAGGAGAGACUCUACCGCUGGCUCGGACAGCAGAAGACCAUCUUCCCCAUCGGCUCCUCCCAGGGUCCCCCUCGAGGCGUCUCCUCCGUGUCGCAGUUCGUGCCUCUGUCCUCCGACUCGUCCUCCUCCUCCGCCACGCCCCGCAAGUCCUCCUCGGGUCCUUCGGGAGCCUCUUCUUCCCUCCCCUCGGCGUCCUCCCACCGCGUCCUGCCCUCCAGCGGCUCCUCGUCGGGGAAGACCAACAGCACGAGGGUCACGCCUCCUUCGGUGCCUUCGAUUCUGAAGCCUUCGUCCCUCCCGUCUCUCCACGGCUCGAGGUCGCUGCCGCCCUCGUCCGCGGCCGUGGGCGUCCCCUACAAGCACAAGCACGCCCCUGCCGCCCACACGCCCGAACACGCGCCCGCGGCCUUCCCGCACCCGCAACACGGCGCCAAACUCACCAUGCCGCCCCAUCUCCACCAGGCCCACCACCAGAUGCACCCACACCUCCACUCUCUUCCUCUCCCUCAUCCUCACGCCCACCCUCACCCACACCCGCACCCCCACGCCCACCCACAGCAUCCACCCGUCCACCCAAAUCAGCUGCCUCAACAUUUCCCCGCCCAUGCCGCCCACCCUUCGCUCUACUACCCACACCUGUUGACGCCCAUGAUGCCCUACUACCCGACAGACCAGGAUCUGCAACAAACCCGCAAGCACAAGAAGAAGGAGAGCAGCAAGAAACGCAAGGAUGGCAAGAAUAAGCAGAAGGACGAGGAGAAGAAGAAGAAGAAGGAGAAGAAGAGAAAAAGCAGGGAACUCACAGACGAACAGAUCGAGAGAACUUACACAGGAUUGGACAGGGAACUUGCGGAGGAAUUUAUUGACUCGACAAUGGAACCGGGACUCUCACUCCAAAGGGCCUUCAAUACGAGUUUUGAUCAAGAUUCAUUUUAAGAAAACAAAACGAUAACGAUUAGAGUAAUUGGAAUAAUAAGUGUCCGUGUAUUUUUUUUUUUUU